AUGGCUCUCGACGUCCUGCAGAAGCUUUCACGAGUCGAAACCCGCAUGCGGAUCACCGGGAUAUGCCUCGACCUGCUAAUGUGGAAGGAUCGCGACCGUAAGGACAUCAGGAAGGUCAUCAAGCGCCUUCGCGAGUUCGUAUAUAGUGCGAAGGACGCUGGGAAGGCGAUUGAGGUCGUAGAAUUCAUAUGCGGCGAUGCGUCGCCUGAUGAUCUUAUGGCGCUUAUACCGUCGAAGACGUUGGAGAAGCUUGUUACGUUGAAGCUGCAGUUAAACGAGUAUACGUAUAGUUCGGCCUCAGAUGAAGACUAA